AUGUGGUGGAAUGGUCCAAAAUUUCUCCACGAUAUUCCUGAAACUUGGAAAUUGCAUAAUAAUAUCGAAGUAAUUGAAACAGAAUUAAACAGAGAAUUAAAACAACAAGCAGUUUCUCUUGCAUGUAGUCAAGUAAAUGAUUUCUUGGCCAUGUUUUCAUCACUCAACAAACUAAAAAGAGUGGUGGCUUACAUACUAAGAUUUAAACAAAAUUCAUCACGACUACAUGAGCUUAGAAUACUUGGACCUUUAACUCCCGAUGAAAUAAAUAAUGCAUUCAUAAGAAUAGUAAUAUUAGCGCAGCGCGAAUUCAGCUCUGAUAUACAUCACCUGAAAGCUAAGGGUGAUUUAGCUACAACGAGUAAAUUAAAGUCUUUAUCACCUUUUAUUGAUUCUAAUAACAUAUUACGCGUUGGUGGAAGACUAAAGAAUGCUAAUAUAUCAUAUAAUUUUAAACAUCCAAUACUUUUACCAAAAAAUUAUGCAUUGACGAAAUUAAUUGUCUGGCAUGAGCACAAUAGGCAUUUUCAUGCAGGAACUUCAGCUACUUUAGCUGCAAUUCGACAAUCUUUAUGGCCAAUAUCUGGAAGAAAUACGGUUAGAAGUUUAUUAAAAAAUUGUAUUGUAUGCUAUAAAUAUUCACCUAAACAUGUUCAAGGAAAGAUGGGGGAUUUACCUGAACCCAGAAUGGCAAUAACAUUACCCUUUCAAUACACUUCCCUAGAUUUUGCUGGACGUUUUGAGAUUAAAGAAACAAAAUGUACGUUUGUGUCUUGGUCUGUUUCUCAACCAAAUGUGUUCAUUUAG